AUGUCGUUUGUGGCGAGCGGGGACCGCUCGGCCGUGCUGCGCCGUCGUCUCGGGACGCCGGCCCUACUCACUCGACCCAUGUAUUCCGCCCUUUCUCAGGGAGACAGUUGGGGUGAAGGCGAGGUCGAUGAGGAAGAGGGAUGCGACCAGGUGGCCCGCGACCUACGGGCUGAGUUUUCGGCUGGGGCGUUGUCGGAGCCCCGAAAGGGUUCUCGGCUCCCGCCGGACGGCGAUGGGUCGCCGGUCCUGCCCGACAAGCGCAAUGGCAUCUUCCCGGCGACUGUGGGCGGCCGAGCCACUGCUCGGCGGUGGCCGGUCCAGGUCCUCACUGUGCUCUGUUCGCUGCUGUUCGCGGCCCUUCUCGCCUUCCUCCUCGCCAUCGCCUACCUGAUUGUAAAAGAGUUGCAUGCUGAGAAUCAGAAGAAUGAAGAUGGUGUAGACACUGGCCUGUUAGGAUUCUGGACUCUGCUUAUAAUAUCCCUAACUGCUGGAUUCUCCUGUUGCAGCUUUUCUUGGACAGUGACUUAUUUUGAUUCUUUUGAACCAGGAAUGUUUCCUCCCACUCCUCUUUCACCAGCCAGGUUCAAGAGGCUGACUGGUCAUUCCUUCCACAUGGGCUACAGCAUGGCAAUUUUGAAUGGCCUUGUAGCUGCUGUUACUGUAGCUUGGUGUCUCAUGUAAACUCACACUAGAGCAAUAUUGUCGCCAAAAUUAGUCAUGAUUGUUUUGUAAUAACAGAGAAGAUCAUCAUUACCUACUGAGAGGACUGAUACAUCUGUGUUCUUUAUAUGAUCUAGAUACCUGUGUGGGCGGCCUUUUUAAGAAUGGUUCUAGAACCUAGGCAUUGGAAAUAUCUGUGUAUGAGGUUUCAAGUACUCUCUUAAAGAUAUAAGAUGUUUACUUCAUCUUUUUACUUUUGUAUGCAUAGUUAUUAUAAAUUACAGAAAAAUUUAAAUGAAAACUAAACUUGAAUACAGGACAUUGCCUACCUUUCCAUGUAUAUAAUCCAUUUUUGUGAAGAAAGACUAGUCUUGUUAACUGAGAUAGAAAUAUUUAUAUAUUGAGGAAGCAAAACAAUACAAUUGGACAUUUCAUAGUAGCUGUUUUUAAAUCAGAAAUUUUGGUGUUUGCUAUUCAUAUAUUCACUAGAAGGUGCAUUUAUAUUUCUAUGGGAUGUACUUAAUGUUUUGGGGAUGUUUUUGUUUACAUACUUGGCUACCACAAACAAAUUUGUAUGUUUUAAUAACUGUUGAUAAUUGUAAAUGUUAUUUUUUAGCUAGUGUAAACUUAAUACCUACUUUUUUACAAUUAUUUUGUGUUUAAAAUGCAAAAACACUUGAUCUGAGUUUAAAAUUAAGUAAAUUUGUUUCUCAGAAGAAAAGACUGAAAGGGGCGAAUAUUUAAGCCAUUAAGUUACUGAGAAAAUAGAAGCUGUUUAAUAUUUCCGUUUCUACAAUUUCAGAUAUUUAUCAUGGUGUAUAUAUGGUUACUUCAACAGAACUUAUCUUGUUUUUAAUAAAUAUAAACAUAAAAGAUUUUUAUGUAGAAAAACUUGAAAAUGUUUUUGUGUUUACUUCUUAAGCAGAAAACGUAUUUUGGUAGGCAUGGCAAAUCAAAAAAUAUUGCUAAUAGAGUUCAGCUCACACACACACAGGUUUAUUACAGACAACACAUUUCGAUCAGUAGAUGACUGCAGAUAUUUUUUUCCUCAGGAAUACACUUGUCUUAGUCUUCUUGGGUAGCUUCAAAAACAACCUCUAAUCAAAACUGGUUUCCAAGGAAGUCUGCUCAAAGCUCACAGCCAUCCAUCUGGUCAGUGCUGGCUCAUUGCAGCUCUUUAUCCCAGGGUAGAACUGCC